AGUCGGGGACUCGCACCGAGCCCCGGACCGGGGAAGGGGCGGCGGGGGGAGGAGGAGGAGGAGGAGGAGCCGCUGAUGAGGACCGGAGCCGGCUGCGGGCGCCGCGGCCAUGGCCUGGCCCUGCAUCAGCCGGGUGUGCUGCCUGGCGCGCUUCUGGAGCCAGCUGGACAAGUCGGACCUCUCCGUGCCGCUCACCAUCCACAACUACUCGGCCAUCGACGAGCCCGAGGAGGCUGCCAGAGGGGCCGAGAGCGGCGGCGCUUCCCCCCCGCCCCGGGGCUGCCGCCGCCCGCCCGCCGCCCCCCGCCCGCGGGCCGCCCCCGGGCAGCCGGGGGGGCUCCGGCCCCGCUCACCCCCGGCCGGCGGCCACACCACGUCCUACAGGCAAGAGUAUCGCCCUUGGACUGGAGCAAAACCAUCCAAGCCUAUAAAGACAAAGCAAGGCUUCAUUAUCCCAGAAGACCAUUUUGUUCAAGAGACAAGUUACAAGGCAGAUUUUAAGAUCCCAGAGGUGAAGACCAGGUUCUCCCCCAAUCCUUCUGCUGUUUUCCAGGCACCAUCACGGAUCCUCAACGUAUGAACCUGGACCCUUCUCACACGCAGGCAGCUUAAAUGUGUUUCUGAUAAGAUGUAUCACUAUGCAAUUUUCAUGAGGAGUGUUAAGAUCAAAGCUCCAAUAUUAUCAAAAGCAGCUCUAGUGAUUAGUGAUGUGCACACAGUUACUCUGAACACGCAAAGCGCUCAAUUCAGAACUGGCAAAACACACUGCAAGGAACGACCUAGUUUUCCACAGGAGCAGGUUCAUUACUAUGCCAGCUGGCGUCACACUGGGAGACUGACUUUGGGCAGCAAAGACAGUAUUGUGGACAACAUCCCGAUGCCUAACUGCACAGGGCAGGAGGGCAAACAAUCAUAAUAAGCAGGACCGAUGAUUAAAACCAAAACAAGUGUUAUUUAGUAGCACCCUCUAAAUAGGCCAGUGAAAGACGGAAUGUCUGGCUGACUUCUCAGCUUCUUGAAGUUUUUUGGAAACUAGAAGACAAACCUCUCACACAGACCUCAGAUGGCAUCACCAGAAUUCACAGCAUCAAAGGGGCUGGGCUGAACUUCCAGGUUUGUUUUAGGAACUGGAAGAAGCACAGGGACAAGCCAGCAUUGAUGAACUUUGAAUCUGGCAUAUGCAGUGACUUGGGGCUUUAAGGAUUGAAAGCUGGAUAUUUGCAAAAUUGGAGGGCUGGCAGCAGAACAAGAGGGGACUGAACUUCUGAAGACAGCCCUGGCCAUGCACCAGCUUGGUUCGGGAGGAUUGCAUGGACACCGAGUCAGCUAAACACAUACCAGGCUCCCGAGGAUUUAAAUAUGCAUGUAAUCUGUAUAGCUGCUGAGUGUAAAUACUGUAUAUGGUUUUUACCUAAAGCAAUUUGUGAUCCUUUAAUGAAAAGAACAUGCUCAUAAUUUUAAUAAAUGUUAACUCUUUGCAUAUGCAAGGUGGAAAAUACUGCCUUGAAAUUCCUAAAUUACUGCCUGCAUCUUGGUAAUGCUAAUGCUAGGAACAACCAGAAGUGAAUGUUACUUAUAAACUCUUCUUAGAAAUAUAACAUAGAAUGUAAGACAUCCUUCAUUUUUAAGGUAAGCCAUUUUAAGUGUCAUUAUUGUAAAGCUGAUUUAUUUAUUUAUUUACAUUAGCAUGGAUUUAACUUUUGCUGAGGUACAUGUGAGGUACAAGAAAGCAGCAUUUCCUUUAGCCUUUGUUCAUUCAGAUUGUAGUGAGUUUACAGUUUUUAUCUCAAGGACUUAUCCAAUAUAAGUAGUUUACUGCUUACUUUAUGUUUUUACUGAUUAUUUUUUUGAGACAAAAAAGUCACAAAACUUCAUGUAUUUGAAACAUACGAAUGUGUUGGCCAGAAUGAAAAGAAACUCCACAGACUCUAACAAUGAUCAGAUAUUCAUUCAUCUGUAAUGAAAUGGACUUUAACACUGGGGAUUUCUUUCUUAACCUCCUCUCUAGCUGAAGUCAACGGCAAAUUUAAUGAACUCUGGGGACUCUGCAAACACAUAACCAUUGCUGAAAAUUCCCAUAAGAACAGUAUUGAAAAUGUUGGCAUGUGGAUUAUAUCAGGAAUUCACGCAGACAUUAUCUUCUCACUGCAUUAUGUGAGAAUUUAAUAUUGCCACCUCUGUUUGUUGUACCAGUAGGACCGAAUGCAACCACAAGAACAGGUAACAUCUGCAGCAAGCUGCGAUGGGUUGGACAUGGGAUGACACUUCUCCCACUCACUCUUGCUUUUGGACCCAGAGGAACGUACAGUAAUACCAGUGCUUGCCAAAAUCAUUUUUCAGGAGACUUGUUUUUCAAGGAAUUAAUUCGAAACAUUCAAACCGUACUAAAUGUUUUGCAUGUUAGAUGUUUCUAAGGAAAAAAAAAAAAAAUCAAUCUGCUUGAUUAACCUCUUUAUAAUGUUUUUAACAGUUUUGUUCAAACAAUUUCAGUCAUUUCAAUCCUGGGCUUUAACAGAAGAAAAUAAAGUCUCUCCUCUUAAUUCAGUGUAUUUCUAAAAAAAUCAACCCAGUUUGAAACAAACUGGAAAUAUAAUGAGCUUGUAUUUUAUCAAAUGGACUGGAUUUAAUUUAAUAAAUUAAAAUGUAUUUUGGCUA